UUAGUUGAGAGUUUCUUUCUUAUUUAUUGUGCAGCCUGGGGAGCACAUAUUGCAGUGGAACAUCCAUUGCUCCGUCUCUAUCUUUAAAUCGAGAUAAACAGAAAGAGGGUCGAGAAGUUCAAAAAUGGUUGCUAUGCAAAAGGUAAACGUUGUUUCUUUAUAUACUAAAUAUCCAACUGGUAACUUAUUUAUCUUUUGAUUCGGUGUUGGUGUUGGAUUAUUUAGUGACGUUGUUGCAGCCAAGGAAGAGAGUCCUUGCGCCUCACUCAAGCUGCAACGUCCGAACCAACCAACAGGUUAUUUAGCCGCCAGCUGACUGAGAAUCACUACAUACAUUCAUACCUACAUCGCGCCUCCAGUCUCGUACCACGUCUAACACACUCUAUUUAACAUUGUGGUCGAUAUCCUAUUCCGUCUUUUUCCCGAUUGCAAUUCUUCCGUUCAUGCUUCCGGUCUCCCAGCGCCGUCGGCCGAGCCUCUAGAGAUAUAUUUGAGCCUGCUGCGGCAAGAUGUGGAACGACGAGGACAACAACCCCUAUGGGUCCUUUGAUCGCCAUCUUGAUGCCGCAACUGAUCCUUUCCGUGAAGGCGCUGCGUCCCCCGCCUUCGAAGCUCCCUCCACCCCGCAAUCCACGGCCUCGACCCUAGACCCCCCCCUUCCAGACUAUGUAUCCCGAUUAGACAGUCCAAUCAGCCAUGAUGUGGGCCAAGACGAGACGGAGGACUAUGAGCAUGCCGAAGACAAUCAAAACUGUCCGCGAAAGAAGGGGGUCUACCAAAGCCGAAUAGAGCAGAUCCUCUACGAGCAUCCGGAGCUUCCAAUCCUCAUCACUCAUGCGGGCAAGAACCAUGAGAGUGGAGGCAGCUUCAUUGUUUAUACAAUACGAACGGGGGAUCUGGAAGUUCGACGGCGAUACUCUGAAUUUAGCUCUUUGCGCGCUACUCUCAUUAGCCUUCAUCCUACCCUCAUCAUCCCUCCCAUACCUGAGAAGCAUACAAUGGCCGAUUAUGCGGCGAAACCUACUAAGGCUAAAGAAGAUAGCUCUAUUAUCGACUUGCGAAAACGUAUGCUAGCCGUCUUUUUGAAUAGAUGCCGGCGGAUGAAGGAGAUCCGAGAGGACGGAGUGUGGUGGAGGUUUCUAGACCCGAAUGCAAGCUGGAACGAAGUACUUCAUUCACAUCCUGUCUCCUCCAUUCCCAAAAACAGCCUGAAAGCCCCUCCGCUCGACCCCGCAAAUCCGAAACCCGCCCAUGCCUGGCUUCCAGUUCCUUCAUCAUCCGCGAAGCUGAAGUCGUCUUCAACCACCUCUCCAUCUCCUUCAGACCAUGCAUCAUCAGCGCCGGGAAAUGCCCCUUUCCUUAGCCGUUUCCCGCCAACAUCUCGCAAUCUAAGUGAACAAGAGCUCGACCCAUACUUUGUAAACUUCGAGGCAUCAACCCGUGAGCUCGAACUACUAUUGCAAGGAAAUAUCGAAAAAGUAAACAGGCGAACACUGACGCAUCUAUCAUCGCUUGCCGCGGAUCUGAUGGAGCUUGGCGCCCGGUACAAUGGAUUUUCGCUCUCUGAACCUUCCGUCACAGUUGCCGCAGCGAUAGAGCGAAUUGGACAGGCAGCUGAUACUUCAUAUAUUGAGACUGAGGAGCUCUCUUCGACGCUAGGUGCAACAUUCGCAGAACCAAUGAGGGAGAGCGCGCAAUUUGCUGGCGUCGUCCGGAAUGUUCUCCGCUACCGCGUCCUCAAGCGCAUCCAGCAGGAGAUAACUCGGGACGAGCUCAGCAAGAAAAAGGCAUUACUAGACUCCUUGGAACGGAGCGAGCUAGAAGCCAAAAGGAUUGAGCAGUAUCUGAACCGCACAGGCAGCAACGCCAGAUCCCCAAAGCCAAGAAGGACAUUGUCAGAUUCAUCUGCACCCAGUAUACCGGAGACGGGAACAGCAGAAGCAACGAGGUCGAAUGCCGAAGAUACCGCGUCGAUAGACUCCGAUUUCCCACCAGGGAGUGGUGAUUCUCCGCAGCCAUCUGCAUCUCAGGGUCUGCCUCAGCGGACACUCGAGCAACCCCCAUCACCUUCACCAGGUCACCGUAAGAGCCCCAGUGGUAACUUCGUGACGAAUAAGAUAUUCGGGCGAAUUAGCCAUGCGGUUCAUGGAUUUGUCGAUGUUGAUCCUGAGAGAACCCGGCGAGACCAGAUCGGGAAAACAAAAGAGAGCUUGUUGCAGUUGGAGCAAGCUCUUGAAGUAUCCGAGAAAGAUGUCAAGGAUGCCAGUGCUGGCGUCCUGCAAGAUCUCAAACGGUUCCAGAAAGAAAAAGAAGAUGAUCUACGACGGUAUAUGGUAUCCUACGCCCGCUGCCAUCUGGACUGGGCGCGGAAGAACCUCGAGACAUGGACCGAGGCCAAGGAAGAAGUGGACAAGAUUGUUAUCCACUGAGUUACGUAGCUUGUCGAAUUGCAGUUACCUUCUAUCACAGUUGAUCAUCCCGCCCGCCCCCCGUUUUUAAAGCAAUACGUGCAUGCCAUGGUUAUUUAACACAGGGCUAUAGUUUAAUUUCGCUGUUGCCAUUUUUAAUUUCCAUUCUAAGGAGAACAACGUCUAUUAUUAUUAUUUUCCCAUGAACCUAAAAUAUAUCUAAUUUUCAUAUGAACGCUGUCGUAAUUUUUUUCCAUGUCGUGUUUUUGCUUCCUUUGCGCAUCAUCUAGUAUUCAAUUUAUUUUAUAUUUGUGAACGGGACUAGGUAACUUUAUUAUCCCUUCCUUCUUUCAGUGGCAUCUACAACCAUGUCAUGGUUCUUGUCUUCUAAUCAACAAUACAUAGAGAGUAACCUAACAAGCAGGUAGAACAUAGAACAGGGAGUAGACUCUGUAUAGAGAUAUAUAUAAGAGAGAUUAAACAAAAGCAAUAAAACUAUAUAUUAU